AUGAGCUCGAAAGCACAUCUUACUCUUAACCCUUCGUCCAGAGCUGCGUUGCUUCGAUCGCAAGCUCACGCUGGGACAACUCCCACUAGUCUCCCAAUCAAGGAUGUUCGCACGCAUCCUCGUGCCUCGUCAACAGGCAAGGAAAAUGCCAGUGUUUUUUUUAUUGGGAAUGCCACAACGGUCCUCGAAUGGGGCGACUUUCGCAUCCUGACAGAUCCAAACUUUUUGCACGCAGGAGACCAUGUGCACCUUGGCCCGGGAGUAACCUCUCAACGCAGGACGAACCCCGCCGUGGACCUUGACCAGUUGCCCUCCAUGGACUGCAUCUUAUUGUCCCAUUACCACGAAGAUCAUUUUGACCAGCUCGUGGAAGAGUCGCUCAACCGAGACUUCCCCAUCAUCACAACUCCUCACGCAAAGGGGUGUCUGACGUCUUCGUCCAAAGCCGAACCUUUCAGGGCUGUCCACGCCCUCGACUUUUUUGAAAGCAUACUGCUGGAAUGUCCGACGGAUACGCAGACCGAGGCGGCAACGCCCGUCAUAAAAGUGACUGGCAUGCCAGGAAAACAUGUUCCGCCGGGACCUUUAUCAGCCAUUAAUGAUUUACUGAAAGCCGUUCCACCCACAAACGGGUGGUUGUUGGAGCUCGGCUGGCUCAACGUCGCCGCGGGUAACGUCAAAGUCGACCAAAAUCCCCCCUCUGACGUGAAGACGGGAUACCGUAUCUAUAUUUCGGGCGAUACUCUUUUUGUCGACGAGCUGAGGGACAUCCCAAAGUGGCUCAACGGGAAGCCAAUUGAUCUCAUGCUAGUACAUCUCGGAGGCACAACAAUUCCGGGCGCCUCCGCGCCAUUGGUCAUGGUGACGAUGGACGCCAAGCAAGGCAUUCAGUUGAUUCAUCUCAUCCAACCCGAUGUGACUAUACCAAUACACUUUGAUGAUUACGACGUCUUUCUGUCGCCGUUGUCGGACUUUCAAGACAAGAUUGAGCAGGAAGGACUGCGGGACCGUGUUGUCUAUCUGAACAGAGGAGACCAGUAUCGCUUCACAGUUCGCCACGACGGAGAUUGA